UCCAAGACCCAAAACAGCAAGACAGUUCCUGUGGGCACUUCACUGAACACUUACAUAAGAAAUUAUGUCAACCUCAAAGGAACUAAAGCAAUGUGCCAUGAAGGAGGCUGUGGCUCAUGUAUUGUUAUGAUGACAAGAAAACAUCCUGUCAGCCAGAAAGUGGAGUCAUUUGCAGUCAAUUCUUGUUUGAUACCAGUAUUUUCAUGCCACAACUGUAAGAUAACAACAAUUGAAGGAAUUGGUAAUAGAAGAAUUGGGUAUAAUCCAAUUCAGAAGACACUUGCUGCUUUCAAUGGCACACAGUGUGGGUACUGUUCUCCUGGAAUGGUUAUGAACAUGUACAGUCUGUUACAGAGAAGAAAGAACAUUACUCUGGAAGAUAUUGAAAACUCUUUUGGUGGAAAUAUUUGCCGAUGCACUGGAUAUCGCCCAAUACUUGAUGCAUUUAAGUCUCUUUCAUCUGAUGCUCCACCAGACCGCAAAGGCAAAUUUCCAGACAUUGAGGUAUAUCAGUUUAAACUUUGCCCAUAAAGUGGGAAACCAUGUAAUGAAAACUGUGCCAAUGAUAGUGACAAAUGUGAUCAACAGAAAGUGCUCUCAACACUACAUUUGGAAACACAACAUGCAGAGUGGUUUAAAGUUGGACACAUUGAUGAUAUUUUCCAUGUUCUUGGUACAAAGUCUGAUAAAAAAUAUAUGCUGGUAGCAGGUAACACAGCACAUGGUGUGUAUCGAAGAAAACCUGACAUUGAGAUAUUCAUUGAUGUUAGUGAUGUUGUGGAACUCAAGAAAUUUACCAUUGAUUCAGAGAUAACAAUUGGUGGAAAUAUGACUCUAACUGAAGUUAUGGAGCUACUUUAUGAUGUUUCAAAAUCAGAAAAAAAUUUCAGUUACACCAAAAUGCUUGCAGACCACAUAGACUUGGUGGCAAAUGUUUCAGUUAGAAAUGCAGGAACAGUUGCAGGAAAUCUGUCAAUUAAACACAUGUAUCAAGAGUUUCCAUCUGAUAUUUUUCUCAUUCUGGAAGCUGCAGAUGCUAGGAUCAAUAUAGAUGAGAAUGGAAAGAUGCAGGAGGAAAUUGCAAUGGCAGAGUAUUUGAAAAUUGACAUGAACCACAAAAUUAUUAAAAACAUAACAUUGCCAUCCUAUGAUGACAGUUACUAUUUCAAGACGUACAAGAUCAUGCCAAGAGCACAAAAUUCUCAUGCUUAUGUGAAUGCUGGGUUCCUAUUCAAACUGGACGUGAAUGAUGUGGGAAAAGUUAUAUGCAAACCAAGAAUAGUAUUUGGCGGUAUCCAUUGUGAUCUGAUACAUGCCACAGAGUUAGAGCAGUACCUCGAAGGUGAAAAUAUAUAUGAAUCAAGUACACUUCAGCAGGCUCUCAGAAUUCUGGAUUCUGAAAUACAGCCUGAAAAAAUGCCACCUGAAGCGUCACCUGAGUACCGUAAAGGUUUGGCAGUAGCAUUAUUCUACAAGUUUGUGCUGAGCAUAUCCCCUGAGAGUUUGAAACCGAACCUGAGAAGUGGGAGUGAAAUGUUAAAGAGACCACUUUCUUCAGGAAAACAGGUAUAUGACACAAAGAAGCAGUUGUGGCCACUAGGAAAACCAGUAUCAAAACUUGAAGCUCUUUUCCAGUGUUCUGGAGAAGCAAUGUAUGUAAACGAUUUGCCAACCAUGCCAGGUGAACUAUAUUGUGCCUUUGUUGUUACAUCUAUUGCAAAUGGUCACAUAAGAGACACAGAUCCCAGUGAUGCUUUGGCUGUCCCUGGAGUGGUAGCAUAUUAUGAUGCAAAAGAUAUUCCAGGAAACAACAACUUUUACCCAAAAUCUGUGACCAGCUUUACUGAUGAGGAGAUAUUUUGCUCUGGAAAUGUAAAGUACAAUGGACAGCCAGUAGGGGUGAUUGUGGCAGAGUCACAUGCAAUUGCAGAUGAAGCUGCCAAAUUGGUGAAAAUAAAUUAUGAUGUUGUAAAUGAACCCAUCAUUCACUUGAGAGAUGCCCUUAAAUCUGGAGAUAAAAGCAGAGUUAUGGUGAUUGCACAACCUUCCACAAGUCAAGGUGAAAAAAAUGCAAAACAUGUCAUUAAAGGCAGCUUCGACAUUGGCAAACAGUAUCAUUACACAAUGGAAACCCAAUGUGCUGUAUGCAUUCCAACAGAAGAUGGUAUGGAUGUUUACGCUGCAACACAGUGGAUGGAUGAAACGCAGAUUGCAAUAUCACAAGCUCUUAAAAUGCCAGAAAACAGGAUAAAUGUUCAGGUAAAAAGACUUGGUGGAGCCUAUGGUGCUAAAGUGUCACGUAACAUGUUGGUCAGUACAGCCUGUGCACUAGCAGCACAUCUUCAGAACAGGCCAGUUCGUUUCAUUCUUCCCCUUGAAAGAAACAUGGAAUCAAUAGGCAAAAGACAUGACUGUGCUAUGGACUAUGAAGUUGGUGUGGAAGAUGAUGGAACCAUAAUGUAUUUGGAAGGAAACACAUACCAUAACAUUGGGGAUUCACUCAAUGAUCAUCCUGUACUUUUUACUCUAUCUAACCUGCCAAACUGCUAUGACACAAGUACAUGGAAAGUGACAGCUAGUGUUGUCUUUACAGAUAUACCAUGCAACACCUGGUGUAGAGCUCCAGGUACUACUGAAGGUAUUGCAUUCACUGAAAACAUUAUGGAGCAUAUUGCAAAAGUACUUGGAAAAGAUGCUAUUGAGGUGAAGUUAAAGAACCUGCCCAAAAAUGAUACAAACAUUGCUGAUAUGGUCCCUUACUGGAAGAAUAAAUCCGAUUAUCCUAAUAGAGUAUUGGCAAUUCAAGACUUUAACAAGAAUAACCGCUGGAGAAAAAGAGGAAUUUCAAUUGUCCCUAUGAAAUACAGAUUUGAUUAUUUAGGUAAUUUUCAUGCAGUUGUAUCAGUUUAUGCUCGUGAUGGAACAGUCUCAGUAUCACAUGGAGGAAUUGAAUGUGGACAAGGAAUAAAUACCAAGGUUGCUCAGGUUUGUGCCCAUGCUCUUGGAGUGCCACUAGAGUUUGUGAGUGUAAAGCCUAGCAACGUUUUGACAUCUCCUAACAACAUGGUCACUGGUGGAAGCAUUGCAAGUGAAUCUUGUGUAUAUGCUACACUACGUGCUUGUGAGGAACUUUUAAGGCGUUUGGCUCCUGUGAAAGAAAAACUCAAAGACCCCUCUUGGCAGGAGCUUAUUGCUGCAGCAUUUUUAGCAAAUGUCAAUCUUUGUUCAUCAUUUAUGAUGUAUGCUGGGAUCACAGAUGCCCUAAAACGGUAUUACAUUUAUGGAGUAACUGUGGCAGAAGUGGAAGUUGAUAUCCUAACAGGACAGCACCAGAUACUACGUGUAGAUAUACUGGAAGAUGCUGGAGAAAGCCUCAGCCCAGAGAUUGAUGUAGGCCAAGUAGAAGGAGCCUUUGUGAUGGGUCUUGGCUACUGGUUAAAGGAAUUCAUGGUUUAUGAUGAUAAUACUGGGAAGGCACUGACAAACAGAACCUGGAAUUACAAACCUCCUGGAGCCAAAGAUAUCCCUAUUGACUUCAGAAUAGAGCUGAGGAAAAAUGCUCCUAAUCCUGUCGGAGUUCUUCGUUCAAAAGCAACUGGUGAACCACCCUUCUGCAUGAGUAUUAGUGCUUUAUUUGCUAUACGGGAAGCAGUACUGGCAGCUAGACAAGAUUCUGGGUACUCUGCAAAAUGGUUUGAGAUGAAUCCUCCUGCUACUCCAGAAAAAGUUUUCCUUACCAGCUUGACAAACUACAACCAGUUUGAACUUUAA